AUGAUGGCUAUGAGUGACUAUAUGCAAACUAAUAUUGAGUUCACGAUGGAUCGUACAGAUAUACAAUACUAUUUGAUUCGUAGUGAAAAUAUGUUUAAUAAAAUUAUAACGAAAAUAUUCGUAUCAUUGAUGGUGUUUAACGUAAUUUACGCCUAUCAAAGAAAUCCAUGGUGGAACAUCGAAAAUUCACAAAGACAAGGACCCAAUAUAUGUGCCGUAGAAGUGAAUGACGAUAUAAAUUAUGCUUAUUAUACUGAGAAUAAACAAUGGUAUCCUCGAAAAAUUUGUGGAAAACCUACGUUUAUAAAAUAUGAAUGUUGUACAGGAUAUUAUAAAGUUGCUGGCCAUCCUGGAUGCACAGGAGUCAAACCGCUGAUAAAUCUUAUAGAAACUACGCGUCGAGUGGGUUCAAUGAAAUUCGCAAAAUUGAUUGAAAGUUCAAACUUUGCAAAAGAAUUAAUAAGUGGUCCACCCUUAACAUUAUUCGUUCCAUCCGAUGAAGCUCUUGAACAUUAUUUAAACGUAAAAGGUAUACAUCAAGAAUCGUUACACGAUGGCAAUAGAUAUAUAAAUUUGAUCGCAAAUCAUAUAAUAGAUAGACGUGUAUUGUCAAAUCAAUGGCAAGCAAAUCUUUUAAUUCCAUCACGAUUACGAGGGAAUGUUUUGAGAAUUAAUAAAUUUCCCAGUGGAAUGGAAACGGUAAAUUGUCAUCGAAUUAUUCGCAAAGAUCAAAUUGCCAGUAAUGGAGUCGUACAUGUAAUCGAUGGUGUAUUGGAUCUUGCUUUGUCUGAAAAUUCAGACAUCAUUGAACUUGUUUCGAGAGACGGUAGAUUUGAAAUAUUUAUGAAAGCGUUAGAAAGCACAGAUUUAGGGAAAAGGAUUCGAUACAGCAAUAUACCAUGUACUAUUUUUGCACCUACUGAUGAAGCUUUCCAUCACAUUCCAAGGAAACAAUUGACCGAUAUAUUAGAAAAUCCGAUCGCAUUAAAUGCAUUAAUUGCCCAACAUAUUGUAACACACCCUGUGUGCAUGCCAAACAUAAUUUCGGAAUAUCACGCAAGCACGAUGGAAAAACAGGAAUUAAAAUUAAAUUGUGGCCCACAUGGACCUAUUGUAAAUAACGCAAACAUAAAAAAUGAAAUGUACCAUGGAAAAAAUGGAUUACUAUACGUUCUUGAUCGCGUAUUACUCCCAGAUCGAGUUAAAACAAUUUUGGAUGUGCUUAAGGAAGAAAGAUUACUAACAUUUUUAGAAAUAAUUAGAACAGCUGAAUUAGAAGAAAAUUUAAGACAUUUGAAACAUUUCACAAUAUUUGCACCUUCUGAAACAGCAAUGCAUUCCCUAUCUAAUCAAAAACUUAUAGAAUUGCAAAGAAAUCAAAAAAGUGCUCGAAAUUUUGUUCUUAAUCAUAUAGUUACGGGAAUAUACUUCACUGAUGAAAUUAGUAGCAAUCAAAUUGUUAGAACACUUGAAAUGGGAGUUCCAUUACGCUUUCAAGUUUAUCGUUAUAAUUUUGGAAUAGAAAAUGCAUUAAUUAUAAAAGCUAAUCGAGAAUGUAAUAAUGGUGUUCUACAUGUUAUCAGUCACAUUCUACAUCCUGCAGAAGAAUCUUUAGAUUAUAUUUUAAAAAAAGAAGGCAAUUUCAGUAUUUGGUUAGAUGCAAUGGAAAGAAUCAAAAGUGUUCAACCACAAAUAUAUGAUCAAUUCAAACGAGCAAAUUCUACAUGCACAUAUUUUGUUCCUUCGGAUGAAGCAUUCAAACAACUCGGGAGUGUUAAACUUCAAAAAUUAUUAGAUGACAGAAAUUAUUUAACAAAAACACUACAAAAUCAUAUUGUGGAUAAUAUGUUACUUGCUGAAAGUUUUAUGCCAGACUUACAGUAUACUGUAAGAACUAAAGGAAAUCCGAUAAAUAUUAUAAGAAAAAAUAACAAAAUUUUGGUAAAUGAUGCUACUCUUGUAAAAAGUGAUAUUUUAAACAAAGCUGGAAUUGCACAUGAAAUAAAUUCUGUAUUACUACCGGAUCAAUGUUCACAUGGUUAUAAAAGAACAUAUGAUGGAAUUGUAAAAAAAAUGUGUCUUUAA